AUGUUUCUCACUGAGAGAAAGGCCAGUCAUUCCCGAGAAACUCAAGGAAAUAUUGUUGGUAUAGAUUUUUCAGGUGAUGAUAGCUCAGAUUCUACAUCCAAAGAAUGGGUUUAUACAAGAUGGGCCAAAAUAAUGUUUCGAAUCGCAGCAAUGAUUAGUUUGGCAUCGGUUAGUAUGAAUACACCGGAUACAUUUAAACAAGUUCCAAUAUUAAUGUAUAUUACGUUUAUUUUGGAUUUAAUGAUUGCAUUAUUAUUCACUAUUGAAAUGUUUAGUAAAAUGUAUAUUGAAGGUUUAUUCGCUCCAGCAUCAAGUCAAUCAACUGGUGGAAUUGAUCAAAAACGUAAUCGUGCUUAUUUUCAAAAAUCAUGGAAUUAUUUUGAUGCAUUCAUGUUAUUCUGUAUAUGGGCAUCAUUAGCUUUACAAUGUGUUGAAUUCUAUGUGACAUUCCGUUGUCCAAUGAAUAAUAAUAGUAUUAUUGGUGGAGGAGAAAAUAUUGGCUACAGCAGUAAUGCCAGUAAAGAUUUUUAUUCAUGUCCAAGUAAUGAAAAUUUUCGACGAAAUUAUGGAUUUUUAAGUAUUAUACGUUGUCCAAGACCGCUGAUAUUGAUACGAGUGUUUCGUGCAGUAUUACGAUUACAAUUGCCUCAAGCACGUGUAAAAGCUAUAUUUCAACGAUCCACUCAUCAAAUGUACAAUGUGACAGUAUUUUUAUUAUUCUUUAUGUCACUUUAUGGUUUUCUUGGUGUACAAUUUUUCGGUGAUGAAUUAAAUUAUCAUUGUGUUUUAAAAACAGCUAAUGAAUCCUAUAUUACUAAACAAGAUCUAGCCAUACCAGAUUCAUAUUGUAAUCCAGCUAAAAAUCCUGAUAAUCAAUGUCCUAGUAAUAUGAAAUGUAUACGAAUUGCUAGUUCCAUACAAGAUGAUGGAGGUUAUGCUGGUUUUGAAAGUUUUUAUAUCAGCAUAUUUACAGUCUAUCAAGCAGCUUCUCAAGAAGGUUGGGUUUUCAUUAUGUAUCGUGCUAUGGAUUGUCUUGCUUCAUGGAAAGGAGUGAUUUAUUUCAUGUCUAUGAUCUUUUUAGUUGCAUGGUUAGUUAAGAAUGUAUUUAUUGCUGUGUUAAUUGAAACAUUCGCUGAGAUUAGAGUACAAUUUCAACAAAUGUGGACACCUAGACAUGCUGCUGAUGCAGAUUCUUCCAAGAUAUUUCAAUUUGAUGGUUUAACAUGGAAAUUAGUUCCUGUACAUGAAAGUAAUCCACGUGGAUUAGCACCGAAAUUUUUUCAAGAAACUAUACUUCGAUCGACUGGAUUCAAUAUAGUAAUUAUGAUCUUAGUAUUGGCUAAUGCAAUUACAGCUGCAGCAUUACAUUUUAAUCAUCAAAGUGUAAGAGAUACGGAUCAUAUGAAAAAUCAGCUGGAUGGUUUCUAUUAUGCUGAGAUUUUAUUCACAAUACUUUUCAAUUUAGAAGCUGUCUUUAAAAUUUGGUGUUUAGGCUGGGCAAAUUAUUGGCAUAGAUCAUUGUUUAAAUUUGAAUUAUUUCUUUGUAUUGGUACAACCAUUCAUUGUAUACCAAUUUUAUAUCGUACAGAAUUUACAUUUUUAUCUGUUUUAAGAAUUGUACGUCUAAUAAAAGCUUCUCCAAUGUUGGAAGACUUUUGCUUCAAGAUAUUUGGACCAGCUAAAAAAUUGGGCAGUUUAAUUUUAUUCACUACAUGUUUUUUAAUUAUUACAUCAACAUUUAGUUUACAAUUAUUUUGUUGUUUUCAAGUAUUCGAACCAACAUUUGAUAGAUUCUCGACAUUUCCAAAAGCAUUUAUGUCAAUGUUUCAAAUACUUACACAAAAAGGUUGGGUUGCUGUAAUGCAUGAUACAAUGGAUGUUGUCGAGAAUGAAGCUGUAACAACUGGAGUCGCGAUUUAUUUUGUAUUUUAUCAUUUAGUUGUAACGCUGAUUGUGCUUAGUUUGUUUGUUGCUGUCAUUUUGGAUAAUUUAGAAUUGGAUGAAGAUAUUAAAAAAUUGAAACAACUUAAGCUUAGAGAAAUCAGUGCUGAAACACAACAGAAAUUACCAAUGCGUCUUCGAGUUUUUGAAAAAUUCCCAAAUCGUCCACAAAUGUUACAACUUACACGUCUUGUAUCGGAUUUUUUAUUGCCAAAAAUACGUGAUAGUUUUAUGCGUCAAUUUGCUGCUAUUUCAGCUUUGGAAGAAGUGGAAGAUGAAACAAUCGAUGAAAUGUUAACAACUAUGAUGAAAUUACAACAAUUGAAAACUGAGCAAGAUCAAUUGAAAUUGCCUCCUUCACAUGCUCAUCCUACUUCUAUGUUGUCAUCAUCAAAUAAACCCGUGCACAGUAGUCAUACAGAUGUUGAAACAUUGAAAGCAAUUAAACGUAAAAUUCAUGGAUUACAUGGUGAAGAGAAAUUUCGUGCAAUUAUUUAUCUUUUAAAUGAAUCGAAUAAAACACGUUUAUUGACAAUGGAAAAAACUUCAAACAUUGGAAAUAGAUCAUUGCUGUCAACACAACAUCAAAUUCGAUUAGAUAGAAGAAGUACAAGAAAUAGAGUUGGCAAUCCAAUCAGCACACAAAAAUCAUUUCGUGCUAAUGGAGUAAUAGUACAAGGUGGUGGUAAUCGUUCCAUACGACCAGAUGAUCAUAAUGCAGAAUCACAAACCACAACCACUGGGAAUAGAACAAGUCAUGAUGAUAUAAAAUUAUUACAACAAAAAGCUCAACUUGCAGAAUUGAAAAGAACACAACAAGAAGUUGAAUUAAGAGAAAAUCAUCCAUUUUUUGAUCGACCUUUAUUUGUACUUGGACGUGAGAAUCGUUUUCGACGAUUUUGUUUAAUUCUUGUGGAAGCACGACAUAAAACACCGGCUACAAUGGAUUCAACAGAUAAUGGAAAUUUUAUUCAUAAAUUUCUUGGCUUAGUCACUUAUUUAGAUUGGAUAGCUAUAUUUGUUACAACGUUAUCAUGUGCAUCAAUGUCUCUGGAAACACCACAUUUUCGAUUAAUGAAUACACCUGAAGUUCAAAUAUGUGAAUAUAUUUUCUUCGUUGUCAUGACUUUAGAAAUGACUUUAAAAAUUUUUGCUAAUGGACUGGUAUUUACGCCUAAUGCACUUUUAAAAGAUUUCGGUGGAUUCUUAGAUUUAUUUAUAUACAUAAUUAGUUUAAUUUUUGUCAGUUAUAUGAUCAAUGUUGAUGUGAUUGGUCCAGGUUCGGCUGGUCAUUUACUUAUGGUAUUACGUUGUCUAAGACCAUUGAGAAUAUUUUGUUUGGUACCACAAAUGCGUCGAGUUGUUUAUGAACUUGUACGGGGAUUUCGUGAAAUUUUAAUGGUUUCUGUUCUGCUAGUUGUAUUCAUGUUUAUAUUUGCUGUCUAUGGUGUACAUUUAUUCGGUGGACGUUUAGCUAUAUGUAAUGAUAGAAAUAUUACAACUAAAGAAAAAUGUGUUGGACGUUUUAUGCGUGAAUUAGCAUCGACUAAAUUGAAAAGUGUUAAAGGUGAAUCGAUUAAAAUACUUGUACCAAGAGUUUGGGCUAAUCCAAGAAAUUUCAAUUUUGAUAAUAUCGGCAAUGCAAUCCUGGCAUUGUUUGAAGUUUUAUCACUUGAAGGUUGGGUUGAAAUACGUGAUGUAAUUAAAGAACGUAUUGGUCCACGACAUGUGAUAUACAUACAUUUAUUUGUAUUUAUUGGAUGUUUAAUUGGUUUAACAUUAUUUGUCGGAGUGGUCAUAGCAAAUUACAGUGAAAAUAAGGGUACAGCAUUGCUUACUGUCGAUCAACGUAGAUGGUUAGAUUUGAAAGGACGUAUAAGACUUACUCAACCAUUACAAAUACCACCACGUCCAAAACUUCAUCAAGAACCUGGUCUGACGCGGAACAUAGUCAGUCCAAAAUCAAAUAAUUUAGAAAAGAAAAGUUUAAAAUUUCGUUGUUUCAUCUAUGAUAUUACACAGCAUAUUUUAUUUAAACGUGCUUCUGCAACUCUUGUUGUGGCGAAUUGUUUCCUGUUAUUCUUUCCAUUUAAUGAAUUAGGUAUUGAACGAUCUAGUUGGGUUAAGCCAAGAUAUCAAAUUCAAGUCUCACUAGGCAUUCUAUUCACAUUAUUCUUUUGUAUUGAAUGUUUACUGAAAAUUAUUGCACUGAAAUUUGCUGGUUAUUGGCAAUCGAAACGUAAUCGUUUUGAUAUGUUGGUCGCAGUACUUGGUGUUACAUGGAUUAUUUUACAUUUUAUAUUGAGGCCGAUUCCUGAAAAACAUAUGAUCAGUAAUAAUUUCGGUUGGUUUGUUUUAAUGUUACGAUUUUUCACAAUUGCUGGAAGGCAUGUAACAUUGAAAAUGUUAAUGUUAACUGUAGUCAUGUCAAUGUAUAAAUCAUUAUUUAUUAUCAUGAGUAUGUUUUUAUUAAUGAUGGUCUAUGCAUUAGCUGGUGUAAUAUUAUUUGGUUCAGUAAAAUAUGGUGAUAAUCUUGGUCGACAUGCAAAUUUUCAUAAUACAUUUCGUGCAACUGCUUUGUUGACAAGAAUUGUCACAGGUGAAGAUUGGAAUAAAAUUAUGCAUGAUUGUAUGAUACAACCACCAUUUUGUCGUAUGCAUGCUACAUUUUGGGAAACAGAUUGUGGCAAUUUUCGUGCUUCAUUAAUUUAUUUCUGUUCAUUCUAUGUCAUUAUUACAUAUGUGAUGUUAAAUGUACUUGUGGCUAUUAUUAUGGAGAAUUUUUCAUUAUUUUAUUCUAAUGAUGAAGAUGCUAUCAUGAGUUAUAAUGAUAUACGUAAUUUUCAAUUAGCUUGGAAUAUAAUUGAUGUGAAUAGAAAAAAACAUGGUCAAUUGAAAUUUAAAAUGCAUUCAAAUAUUGAACGUCAAAUCAGUACAACCUUAGAUGAUAAUGAUGAUUUAAACAAAAAACCCGAUUUCUUACUUAAUAAAAGUGUACGUAUUAAAAAGCAAUCGUCAAUCACUAGAAAAUCAUCAUCGACAUCUUCAAACUCUUCCUCUUCCACUUCUACAUCAGCAUUACCGUCAACAUCACCGAUAAUCAUUGGUGGAUUAUUGAAAGAGACCAGUGGAAAAUCUAUGGAAAAUCCAUUUGAAGCAAGUCAUGAAAGAGCUAGUAAGAUUAUAGCACCACAAUUGAAAAUGUGUAAAGUAAUCAUCAAUACAUCUACGCCUACGACUGCUACUACUACUUGUAUGACAGAAAAUACUACUGAUCUUACUAUAUCAUCAAAUCCAAUGACAACAAUUGAUCCUAAUAGUAAUAAUCUCGUUAUCACAACCCCACCAAUGACCGUGGCGAAUCCAACUACGCAACAUAGUAAUACACUUUUGAAAGAUAAGAAAGCAUUAGCUUUUCAAUAUUCAAAUGAGUUAACUACAUCUUCAGUGCAAAAUCAUGAUGACUACGACCGCGGUGAUGACGAUGAUGAUACUCUGCUGACAACUACAAAUAUCCCUGAUGAUGAUGAUGCAGGUUUUAAGAUUGAAGAAGACUAUGCCACAGAUUAUUGCCAACCAUUAUUGUUCGAUGCAAAACUCGAUAAGAAAUUAUGCAAUUCCAUUGACAGCGGAAGUGUUAUGCAUCAAAAUCGUUCUUCACAGCAAUCACAACGUAAAUCAAUGUCCGGUAAAAUUAUUAGCAAUAAUAAUAAUAAUAAUAAUCUGAGCAAUAAAAUUGAUCAUAAUCGAAGCGCAACACCAACAUUUAUUGAUACAUGUUUAAUUAAUGAAAAUGCAACGAAACUCUAUCAGAAUAAAGUUAGCACAGAGUCAUUUACUACUACGCUACCGAUUGACAGCAAAAAGUCAACCACCCUAAUGGAACCAUAUAAAGUGACUAUAAUUGAAAAUGUAAUGGGAAUCGAUGAAGAACAACAGCAACCUCAACAACAGCAUCAGCAACAACACCCUCUACAACAUACUCCAUUGCCAUUGAACACCACCACGACGACCACUACGCCACAAUCAGUACGAAUGAAACCAACUGUAUUAUCAACUAUUAAAUCAUUAUCAACACAUGGUAAAACAAGACAAAGUGUCAUACAGAAAUUAUCUAAACUACCUGAUGUUGUGGAAGAUUUGGAUGAACAAGGUGAAAAACGUUUUGUUUAUAGUUGUACAAAUAAUUAUAAUAUAAAGAAUACUGAUAAAUCAACAUUACAAACAAUGGAAAUGCAUCAUUUGAAACAUAAAGAUAUGAAACAUAUUAUCAUUGAUGAUAAUUUAUUAUCUAAUGAAUUAAUGAAUACUGACUAUACUACUACUAAUGUUAUUAGUAGUAGUAGUGGUAGUGGUAUAGAUAAUAAUCAAUGUCAGAUGAAAGCUGAUGAUGACACUUCAUCAAUAAUACACAAUGUCACAGUACCAUUACAAAAUGAAGUCAUAAUGAGUGCUGAGCAUAAUCGAUUCAUUGAUUAUCGUUAUGCAUAUCAACAUGAUUUUGAUUAUGUUAAACAUAUCAACGAUUCAUGUGAUGAUGUGAAAAAAUGGUGGCGUAGUCAACUUUAUCCAAAUUUACAAACACACCAACACCAACAUCAACAUCAACAUCAUCAUCAAGGUAAACAACAGUCAUGGAUUCAGUCAAAUGUACAUCAUAGUAAUCCUGCUGCCACUGUUCUAAUUCCUGAUAGAACAACAACACCUGAGAUAGAUGAUGAGACUGUUUCUAUAUUGAGCAGUCCUAAAAAGAAAUCACAACACCACCACCAACAACAACAAAGAACACAUAAAACACAGCCUAGAAUUGUGUCAUCGCUAGCUAGUAAACGACGUUCAGGUGUAGCUGCAGUGAUUUCACGUCGUCCAUAUCAACAAUCACGAAUGAAUAAUUUAAUGGAUGUGACAAUUGAUGAAUACACAGAUGAUGUUCGUCAUCUGGAGAGUAGUGCCGCCAGUGUCAAUAACAAUCGACCUGGUACAAAAGGAGGUCGUGUAAUACAGAAAAAUGUCUAG